UCUGUCGCUCUGGCACUGCUUACAGGCACUGGAAUCAUCAUCUGACGCUGAAGACAGACGUUCAUCCUUCACAAUGAAAUCUAUCGUGAUCAUCUUGCUCUUUGCAGCUGUCGCCAGCGGUCAAUUUUUCCCAUCUUUUUUCCCCUUCUACCCAUUUUCUCAGUUUCCUUACUACAGAUUCCCUGGCUCUGAAGAAUACGCCGCUUCCCUAGGUGGCGCUAAAGUCGGUCUCUAUGGGAAGACUUCCGGACUCGGAGGAGGAUUCGGAGGUGGAUUCGGAGGGUUUCCCUAUGGCAGGUUUGGCGGAUCAGAAGUGACGGGUGCUUCCUUGGCAGGAGCCAAAGUUGGUGUCUACGGAAAAGAAAACCCAGGACGAGGAGGAUAUUAUUGAAGAUAAAAAAAAAUAGCCAAACGGAGUUGAAGCAACUGGAAAAAGGAAACUGAAAAAGACAUCAGGAAGCCGUUUUGAUCACACAAUCAUGAUGUUCUUUCUGCAAUGUCUGUUUGCAUGAAGUGUGUUAAUAAAAGACAUAUUAUCACCUUUUAUUCUCCCUUCUGAUUAUAAAUUAGAUUAUGAAUGUA